AGCAGCACCACCACCAUGUCCUGGUACCGCAACACCGUCUGGUUCAUGAAGGGGCUGCGGGAGUACACGAGGUGCGGCUAUGAGUCUGCAUCCAGGCACUUCAAUCCGGACGAUGUGGAGGUGAACGUGGCUGGAAGAUCCUUUCUGGUCACUGGUGCAAACAGUGGCAUUGGCAAGGCCACAGCCAAAGAGAUAGCGAGGAGAGGUGGCACGGUUCAUCUGGUUUGCCGGAAUAAGGAACGGGCUGAGGUCGCCAGAGGAGAAAUAGUGACAGAAACCGGCAAUCAGAAUGUUUUCUUGCACAUUUUGGAUAUAUCUAAUCCCAGGGAAAUCUGGAAGUUUGCUGAAAAAUUCAAAAAUGAACAUCAACUAAAUGUGUUGAUCAACAAUGCAGGAUGUAUGGUGAAUAACAGAGAAUUAACUGAAGAUGGGCUUGAAAAAAACUUUGCAACAAACACUCUGGGUACCUACAUUUUGACAACUGCCCUGCUGCCCCUCCUGGAAAAAGCAGCUGAUGCCAGAGUGAUAACUGUCUCUUCUGGGGGCAUGCUAGUUCAAAAAUUAAACGUAUCUGACUUGCAGUCGGCAGACGGGACGUUUGAUGGAACUAUGGUGUAUGCACAAAACAAGGUACACUCCUUGAGGCAGCAAGUUGUCUUAACAGAACAGUGGGCAAAAGCUCACAGAAACAUCCAUUUCUCCGUUAUGCACCCUGGCUGGGCAGACACUCCAGCUGUGAGAUCAUCAAUGCCAGAUUUCUAUGAGAAGAUGAAGAACAGCCUGCGCACAGAGGCCCAGGGAGCUGACACUGUGCUGUGGUUGGCAGUAUCCUCUGAAGCAACAAAGUUACCAAGUGGCUUGUUCUUCCAAGACAGGCAGCCAGUCCGUACACACUUACCCCUGGCAAGCACCCACAGCCCACCAGAGGAUGAGGAGAAGCUAAUGGAGGUGCUGGAAGAAUUCUCCCAGAAGUUCAAAUCCGCUUCUCCAGGAACUUAGUGUCACUGCUGACAGAAUGUAACCACAAAGCUUCUAAUUACACAGUAACAGCACUGUAGUGUGCCUGCUGUUCGGGGGGGAAGUAAGAUGCAGUAGGCCUGUUAAAAAUAAAUUGUGUUCAGGUGUUCUCACCACGGGGGAGAGCGGUGCCUGCAUCGCGUUUUUUCUGCUGCUGAAAGUCUCUCCCGUUGUGAAUAUGCACCUGCUGUCUCAAGGCACAGUAAAGGUUGUGUUCUUUUGAACUGGAAGAAAAAUUAAGAGGUAUUAAAGUAAAAUUCAAAGCUUUGUGAAGUUACUCAAAACUCAUUUAAAACACUUGGCACAGAGAAAUGAAGAGGAGUGUGUCUGCAGUAACCCUUGUGAAGGCUUCAGGAAUGAAGCAGUAAAUGUUUUAAAACACAUUUAACACUGUGUUUGACAGGUUGCUGGCUUCCUUCACUGCAUGAGAGUGACAGAGCUCAAGCCUAUAACUUGGAAUGCAGAAACUCUCUUGCAUUGCCUGCUUACUUUAAAUGGAAGGAUUCCUCACAGCCUUCAGUUUCUGUAAGUCAGUGCUGGUAUGCAGAAGGGAUCUGCUUCCUCAUGUUUAAAUAGUAAGAAUUUAGGAAGGCUGCCAAAUGCCUUCCAUAUUACUGUGUAGAGCCAUUUUUUUUUUUGUGUCUAUGUCAAGACACUAUGACAUGGGAGGUUUCAACAGCUACCACACCCAGACAUGGCUGGAUCCAGUGAAGCAAUGACUGCAUGAAAAAAAGGAAAACAUGCUAAGCCACAGGUGCUUGCCUUUUCUCUGAAAGAUCAAAGGGAAUUGCCUUGUUCUUAUGGAUGGAUGAAGAGGGGGAAGGGAACACUGAGGGUCACAGGUUUUAGAGCAGAACUCACCUCCUGAUAAGGGGGUUGUAUUUUGCCUGGAACUGUUUAUUUCCAGACACAGAGGAUGGGAUUCAUCUUAACCUGACCUGUGGGCAUUCUCUUUGGAAUUCUCACUGCAAAUCAGCAGAGAGAAAACAGGCCUUGUCACAGUGAUUUACUGGAUCCAGUUUAAGAAAUAACACCUACAUUCCAACAUCUUUCUACUGAUGGUGAAGAGGGUCAGCUCAGAGUAAGACAUUUGUUUUGUCUUGCAUAUUUCAGAUUUACUGCAAAGUCAAGACUUAACCACAGUGGUAACACAUUUUCUCCUGCACUGAGUGUGUUGGAUAGCACACUGCAUCCAGAACCCAAGCAGGUCACACUACUGUGUUACCUAUGGCUGUGGGCUAGUAAGGUAGGGGAAAAGACCUCGACACAAAUAUAGCACAGGUGUUCUUGAGCUCUGCUAGUGACUGGUAGCUCAAGGCCAUGCUGAUGUGCAGAAGGGAACUCAUUAUGCCUGCUUUACAUAAUUUCAGUUUCCCAAAAGAUAUCCUACUUGCCUGAUUUACUCAUUCAAAGACAUCCUAUUAAGUAUCAGUUUAGAAAAGUCUCUUUUCAUCCAGUCUCCUUGGAAAUAAAGGCUUUACUGUCAGAGAGGCCCUGAAAUAAGCUUUCCCAUGAUAAGCAGUGCUGAGACAAGUCAGGCUGUCACAGCUCUUCCUGAAGGGGCUGAAUCAGCAUUCAAACUAUUGCUUCAUUCUAGAAACUUAACUCCUUCUCACACUACAGUGAAAGAAAACAGCAGCAAGGCUAGAAGUCUGGUACUAGCAUUUUACAUGGUUCAAACUGUUAAAUACAGUUACUGAAUACAAGAGUGUGGAUGGAAGCACACACAGUGCUGCUUUUCUCAAUCCAGGAGCUGCAAGGUUAAUAAAAAUGUUUGCAUGCUUGAGUAUUUAAGUCAAGUUGCUUCUCAGCUCUGCAGUGUAGAAGAAUAGUUUAAUGACUGAUAUUGAAAUAAAAACAACCCAAAAUGCAC